GCCUGGCAGGAGCCCACGGCUUGGCUUCAGAUCCCCGCAACACUGACAAUGAGGCGUGUGGAAGAUGGUCGAAAAACGAGCUCUCCUUAAAAAGAGACGAUUUGGGCCGUGAGCGCACAGGAGUCAGAGGGAUUCAUGUGGCUUCACUGACCGAGCUUCCCCCCCACACUCGCUUCGUUUAGUGUGAAUGGACAGAUAAGAACGAAAACCAUUUCGCAACCUAUUUUGCAUGCAGCCUACAUGGGCGCAUGAAGUCUUUGGUAUAUUUUUCCACCCCGUUCCGCCUCUCCGGCUUUGCAAUGCGCACGCUUGUAGUUGUCUAAAAGGAGGCGACUUGAGGAACGCUGGUUUUUGAGGCAUUUAACAUUUUUUCUCCACAUUUGCAAGAUGUUUUGAGCGCCAAAGGGGGCAGGGAGAGCGGCUGGUGUCGUCGGAGGGGGGUCUGUUCACUGCGCAGACGAGACGCGGACCGUCUCUGCGCUACCGCUCGUCUGGUCUCCUCCACGACAAACCACAAGACGCAGGCAGGAGGAGGAAGAGUGGUGGUGCCGGAGUGGAAACCUGGAAAUAUACGGCGUUAAAAUGACGAUGUCCGUCCCGGAGAGGAAAUCAGGCUCGGAGGGGAAGGAGGAGGAGAGCGAGGAUGAGAGUGAGAUCCUGGAGGAAAGCCCGUGUGGCCGCUGGCAGAAGCGCAAAGAGCAGGUCAGCCAAGGUAAUGUGCCUGGUGUGGAAAGUGCCUCUCUGGCCAUGGACACAGAAGAGGGAGUGGAGGUGGUCUGGAACGAAGUGCUCUUCUCGGACAAGAAGGUCUUCAAAGCACAGGAGGAGAAGAUCAAGGAGAUGUUUGAGAACCUGAUGCAGGUCGAACAUCCCAACAUUGUCAAGUUCCACAAGUACUGGCUGGACAUGAAGGAGAGCCAGGCUCGGGUUAUAUUCAUCACUGAAUACAUGUCGUCAGGCAGCCUCAAGCAAUUCCUGAAGAAAACGAAGAAGAACCACAAGACCAUGAAUGUGAAGGCUUGGAAGAGAUGGUGCACCCAGAUUCUCUCUGCACUCAGUUAUCUCCACUCUUGUGACCCUCCAAUAAUCCAUGGCAACCUGACAUGCGACACCAUCUUCAUCCAGCACAACGGCCUCAUUAAGAUAGGCUCAGUGUGGCAUCGGCUUUUUGUUAACGUUUUUCCAGACGCCAAUGUUCACGGUAAAGCGCGGCAGCACCGCGAUGAGCAGAGGAAUCUUCAUUUCUUCGCUCCAGAAUAUGGAUCCUGUGAAGAUGAUUACGCUAUAGAUAUUUUCUCCUUUGGCAUCUGCGCUCUAGAGAUGGCAGUACUGGAGAUCCAGGCCAACGGAGAUACUGCUGUGUCCAAGGAGGCCAUAGUCAAUGCAGGUCAAUCUCUGGAAGACCCUCUCAUGAGAGAGUUCACUCAGUCUUGUUUGCGCCAUGAAGCCAAACUCCGUCCAACUGCUCACGACCUUCUGUUCCACCGAGUCUUGUUCGAAGUCCACUCCCUGAAGCUGCUCGCCGCCCACUGCCUCAUCAACAACCAGUAUUUGCUUCCAGAGAACUGUGUGGAGGAGAAAACCAAGUCAUUUGACCCCAACGCUGUCAUGGCAGAGAUUAAACACGACGACAGACAGGGAGUUCAGCUCAAAUAUUCCCAUGUGUCUCCUCUGGAACUCGACAAAUUUCUGGAGGAUGUGAAGAAUGGGAUUUACCCACUGAUGAACUUUGCCUCCACUCGUCCUCAUCCCGUCCCUCGAGCCCUGUCCUUGUCUCAGGAGCAGGUUGAGACGGUCAAGACGCCGACUCCUGAACCUCAGGAGACAGAGACGAGGAAGGUUGUUCAGAUGCACUGUAAUUUGGAGUCAAAUGAAGAAGGGACCAAAACUCAUCUCUCUUUGUUUCUGAAGAUGGAUGACAAACUUCACAGGCAGCUUAGCUGUGACAUCCUUCCAACGGACACCUCCAAAGACCUUGCCAGUGAACUCGUUCACUACGCCUUCAUAAAUGAAGAGGACAUUGAGAAGGUGGCGGGGUUCCUGGAGGACGCAAUUAGCCGACACCGGGUCCGAGCGCUCGCCUCUGGGAGCACACAGUGAGGAAGGGGAUCAUGACAGCGGCUGGCCCGGACUGAGGGGCCCGGUGCGUCGACCACAUCCAUGGAGAAAGAAAGUAAAAGGGCAGCAGGCAGGAUCACACAGUCAGGAACCGAGGGGGCAGAGGGAGCUGACCCAGCUGGGCAUAAAAAAGGGGACAAAUACAGAUGGAUGCUGAGCCUAAACAAUCCCAGUGAGAAGGAGGAAGAAUGCUGGUGCUGAGAGAGAAACCAAAGGCACCUCUGGUUAGAGGAGCGGAGGCUACAUGGCUGAGACCAGCCACCCCACAGAGCAGUGGAACAUUGACGAACUCCCUGUUUAAAAGGGCUAUCAUGCCUUAAGAAAUCUUGACGGCUUAGUUUUUUCCAUAAUGCCACUAUUCAGAAUGGAUGUUUUACUGACAGCUGUGUUUUCAAACGUACAUUUUAUUGCUCAAAGCCUCAUUUCCACUCCAAUGCCCACUUUUAUUGGUGAUUAUUGACUUUGAACAAAAUCAUUCACUGAAGCCUCCCUCCCUUACAAGCCAGAACCGUUUAUUUCCAUCCACCAUGUACUGUUAAUACUCAAUCAUUUGACUUAUUUAUUUCUGUUUGUAACUGUGAACAAUAGAAGCAUUGCAUAAGCCUGUUUUUCUUCUUCUUUUGCUUCAUGUUUUUGACCUGCAAAGUAACACACCUCACUGCAGUGUUGGGUUGAAGGCUACUUCUCAUGCAGCUAACCGUGCCACGCCUACGUGCAGUGAUGAGCGAGGAGAUGAUGCCUCUCUUUUAGCCUGUAGUGCUCUUAAGGGUUUUCCCUGCAAAAGUGUUUUUGAAAGCCAAAGACUUGCAAAGUGCCUCAUAUGGCAACGUACUUUGGACGAAAAAUUCACUAAAGGAACGGCAUCGUACCCAGCUUAGCAAUUUGGAAUUUGACUCGUUCAGGUUGACUCGAGUUUUAACAUCACAUCCGAUCUUUCAUUUUAUGAAUUGGCCUGUGUGUGAAUUUUAACAUGAACUUGACACCUGGUGAUGGCAGCUCCAUUAAGAGCUGCAGCUGCUGUGUAUUGGACAUUUCUAACAGAGGGUUAGGGUUCUCUGCUGCAGUCAAUAUUAAUGCAGGAAGAGCUGCAGCCUGUGUGCAAAAAUUGGAAUAUAGCAGCGUGUGGUUUAAAAGCAAAGUCCUACAUAAAUGAUAGGAAGGAUGUUGGGUUUCUUAUAUUAAAAAAUUGAAUAACAAUUUUCAUAAUGUUAAGAAAUAUCAUUGCUAUACUCAUUUCUGUAGUAUUCUCCCAAAACAUCUGAGGAUAUUUGUUUUGUGAGUAAAUGUAAAGGUCUAUGAACGGCAAAAUCUGUCCAAAUCAUUAGAAAACCUAUGAUUUAUAUCAUGUCUGUAAUUUCAAAUUUGUGCUCAAUAUGCAUAUGAAUUUAGCUUUUUCCAUCAGGAUUUUCAUGAACUACAGAUGCGAAAAGAACAUUUUUAAAAAAUAUAUAUAUUUCAGUUUGAACAUGUUCAUUUUGCCAGAUUCACAUCUCCUGUGCUUUUAUUUCAGACAAUAUCAGUGUGAACCUGGGAAUGGAUUGUACUGCAGCCCACACAAAGACAAAAAUAGAAUACAUAACUCCGCCAGAAUUUUCUGGUCAAGAACCCAGUCUUGGAAGUGUAAAAAAAAAAACCAACCAUUUGGGUGGAUUUUUCCCUAACAAAACUAGACAAUAGUCUGAUCAAUCUUCAGCAAUAUACUCUUCUCUAUCAGACUUACUUAGCUCUGCUCCAUUUGUUUUUCCGGGUCUGUAAGGUUCCAGUUUCUUAACAGUUACACUGCUGUACAGUCAUUGCUUACAGUAUUUACUACUAUACUCUGUGUCAUGCCUACUUAUCAGUGUGUCGCUGAAGACAGAAGCCCUGAAUUCUCCCCGACAGUCAGGCUGUGGUGUACAUAUUUGUUUAUGGCUAUCAAAGGGGCUUACUUUGGACAGACUUUUAAUGCAAAGCGGUGCCACUAUUGCUCUCAUCUGAUCUCGUACGCUGCAUGUCUUAAUAGCCUGCGACCAUUCAAAACUUUGCAUUUUGCCUUUGUCAGUCACAGUUCAGUUCCAGAGGGGACCUGACCAAGGAAAUGAAUGUUUAGAAUGUGCAAACAUAAUAAAAAAACAUCCAUAUCAGUCUUAUUUUUUUGUCAGAUGGAUUUUUUUUUUCUCGUGACUCUGUUAAAGGAAACUUGCCUUUGAAUGUGUUCUACUUAAACCUUUGUUAAAUAUUGUAGCUACUGCAAUUAAAUACAUGACAAUAAAGGAGAUGUGACAUGUUG